CGCCCUUUCAUCUUCAUCUUAAAUAGAUGCUGGCCUGGUAGCAUAUACCACCAUUCAGCAUCACUCGAAAACUUAUAAUGUGCUUGACCCCUCCUAUUACCCAACAAGCACGAUGCAUAUCUUGUAAGGACGCCCACCAGCAUUGCGAUUUUAUUGGGGGAGACAAAUGUGCCCGAUGUGCCCGCCUUGGAAAGUUUUGCAACCUUUCAUCCACCACCUCGGCUCAGCGCACUGGUAGAAAUCGACGCGAGUUGCAAGCUGGGGGCUUUCACUCGCAUUGCGCCGGCCCUAGCACUCAACUUCCAUUUACACAGAGCGUUGGUCAUCCUCCAGCUUACCAGCUUGUGGAGAAUAUGGAGAACAGUCAUCUUUUCCCAGUCCCUCCCUCGGGACCUGUACAACCGAUUCGAGCAAUUCAGGCCAUGGGAUCUUUCACUCCAUGCGAAGCUCCUUUCCACCCGGGCACAGGUUUCACAUCUCCGUAUUCAGCAAACCCUCCAGGGGGAAGUGCAUUGGUUCAUCAGACUCCUCAACUUCAUUACGCAGGGGCCUCGUCAUCUCAGUGGCUGCCGCCGGUCCAAGAGCCAAAGGGCACAGAUGGGGAUGAUGGCAAUGGUUCUCGCACAUUUACUGCCGCAAAUGAUUUCAACUUCUCUUUUGUCCGCACUGACUUGGUUGGGCCCAAUCCGGGCCUCGACGACCCCUCAGGUGGAAGCGUAUGGGGCGAUCCUCCAGAUCAGACUCAGGGUUUCCCGUACUCGACUUGCUCGGCCAGUCUUGAACACCCAUACUGGGACAGAAACCCCGCCAGUUUUGAAUAUACCUCCGUUGCAAGACCUCUGCAGAGGAGUCCCACCGUCAGCGCUCAAAUGACGAAUGGCCCAGUAACCCGAGGAUAUAUGAACACGCUGAGGCAGACACCAGCUCACUGGAUUCCCGGACUCGCCGACACCAAUAUACGAGGUGCAUUGUUGGGGCAACCGCUAGGAGAUGCAAUUCCUGCUCAGCUCCAACGGCACAUACUUUUUGCCCUGCCGGGAAACGCCCAAUUGGUCCUGGAGUUCGGUGGCAAUUCCCCUGAGAACGCCGAGGAUAGUAUGGCGUUCUCGCAUGUGUUUAAUGAUAGCGAUGUUUCCUAAGAGAUCCACAUCGUUACGACGCACUCAGCGGGGGAUUUUCGAGCAUAGGAAUAGAACGAAGAUCGGAUUAAUCUGUG